AUGUCUUCGUCCAGGGGCGAAGGGGAGCCUGCAGCGACCUCCGGGAUGGGAUCUGGGAAAGAUUAUACAAAACGGUUGUCUAUGACCUCGAGGACGUGGUCCGACCACGCUAGGUCGAAAUGGUUCGUCGACUGGUGCUGUGCUGAUGCUACGAACCCAGUCCAACAGCCGUGUGGUCCUGUGAUCUUCGUCGAAGCCAACAAGCGCCGCAGGGUUCUGGGGGCUGUCUUGCGGUGGGAGAACGAGAAAGGCAGUCGUCGACGGUUUUACAUGAAAAAUGUGUACGGUUCGAAGGGGAACGUCGUCGCCGGUGCCAAGGGGGCAGUUCUCGACAUGUGUCUGUUCGAGGGGUUCGGAGCGGGUGCUGCGAACACCCCAUUCUACAACGACCUCCGGCGGCAGGGCGGGUUUGUUCUGGGUCGAGAGUUCUUCGACCUGGUGGAGGACAAGGGCAUCGCCCUCGACGUCCCUUGCGAAGUCGGUCCCGACUGGAACUGUCAAUGCCUUUGCAGCCGUGCGGCGGUUCGGGAGGAUGCCAGAGGUCAGUUUGACGACAGCGAAGAUGAGGCGACACCGCGUCCGCCGUUUUCGUCGUCGAGGGAAAGAGACAGGUCCGUGCUGUCCAUACCUGGGGUCCGGCAACAGACCGCAGCGGAUCCCGGAGAAGAGGGAGUCCUGUGUGGGUCUGACUUGGAGCCCGCCGAGGGCCAUGGCGCGGAAGGUGAGGCCGUGGGCGGGGAGGGAGCGCAGGGCACUCCCCGAAAAAGGAGGGGAGAAUGUCAAGAAGAGUUGGUGGGCUAUUCGAAGAAACAGAAGACCAAGACCCCAAGGACUGCGGGAGAGAAACGGAAGGGGAAGGGGGUGGAAGAGGGUCACCCGGGUAGCAAACGUCCAGCUUCGAAACAUAAACAGCCUGAGUCGGGACCUUCUUCACCACGGCCUGGCAUCGACGUGGACGCCGGGUACUUCCUGGAGUACAAAGACGGCGUCAGGACAAGCCGGGAGUUUGACAUCAGCCCGGCUCAGAUCGUUGACAUAAGGGAGUGAGAGGAUCUUUACAACCAGCGGUCGCUAGAUCCCGUCCUCGUGGAAACAAAGGGAAGCAAUGCGG